AUGAAACAACCCAAACUGUCGCUAGCUAUCACACCAUACAAGUUUUUACAUUUAAUCGCAAUUUUUAGCGAAUUAUGAGCUGCAAGGGUAGCUAUAAGGCCCUUUUCCGAAACAUUGAAAAAUAUUAAGGAAUAUAUAACUAUGCCACGGAAACGAAAUAAAGGUACACGAGUGCCAAGCCCGGAUAAGCCAAAUCUUAUCGGUGCGAAUUGGAAAAGCGAAAAUCAAGAUUCAGUGAAAGUUACUGCAAAUAUAUGGACAAAUGAUGCUAUUGCAGCUGGAUAUGAUGCUAGUCGUGACGCAUCAUUUAAUGAUCUUCAAGAAAAAUUUAAAAAUAAAGUAGAUGGGGAAGUAGUGUAUUACGUUCUGCAAAACUGUAAUUUUAAUGUGGAAAAAGCCACUGAACAAUUAGAGACAAUGGCGGAAUCAAACCUUUCCAGAACACCUGAAGGAUUUUCCCGCCUUCCACUAAAACCUAAUAAGGAUAGGUCUCAGAAUGACGAUGAGUUACCUUUCUUAUCUCCAAAAACUCCCAGUACUAUUGUAAAUCCAUCCUCUUAUUUUAACUCUCAUAUGAAUACGGAUUAUAGUGAUGCGUUAGCAGCAUUCAACACUUUCGGUAAACCUUCAGCCUUCCCUUCCGGUUCAUCAUUAUUUUCAGCUGACGUCCCAAAAACAUUCGAGUUUAAUACAAGUAGUAGUGCUGAAACAACUCCUUUUAGCUCUAGAAAGCAACUCUUUGCUGAGGGACAAUCUGAUUCAUUUACUAGCAUACAUAAUGCACAAAAUGAAACAUCUGACAGAUACCGAACUCCUCCAAAGUCAGAGAAGUCGAGGAGGAAACAUAAUGUGUCUUUAGACCCACAAGAAAGGGAGUCCCUCGAAAAGUUAAUUGAGGAAGUGAUAACUCUCGGAAGUGAUCAAGUAAUAUCUGCUGGGAACACUAGCUCAUCUGACGGAGAAAAUGAGGAUGGUAGGUCAGAUUCAAAAGAUGGCCAAAGGCGCUCUGGUAAGAAAGAUAAAGGAGCAGCACUAGCUAAACAGUAUCAGUCUCAAAUGAAGGUAGCUAUGAAGCAUAUGAAAAAUUUGCCACCAAGAUUUGUAAAAAAGUUGGAAGUAGCAAAGCAGUAUAGCCCUGAAAGCGACGGUGAAAGAAUGAAAGAUGUUUGUGGUCGAAUUUCCGAUAAAUCGGAUGAUUCGCCUCCACAACAUAUAUCAUCUCCUAAUACUGUUCACAAAUCGAAAUUUGAAAAAAGACGAAAAGAACGCCUGGUUGGCAUCGAUCAAUUUCUAGAUGAGGGAAUGACGGUAAAUCAAUCGGAUGAUCGUUUACCUAAUUCUACAGCUUCGCUCUUGCAGAAUAUAUUAAGUGACAAAGUGUCAUCUUUACCAAAUAGCGAGCGCAAUUCGAGAUCGAAUUCACCCCACAUCUCUCAGAAUGACGACUAUGAAGAACAAACUACUUUUACAAUGGCUGAAGAUAAGACAACUUUUUCCAUAACAGCACCAGAAUUUGUUCCAAGAACUGCAACACCAGUUUGUACUUCAACGAUUGUGGGUGGAGUAGGAGUAGCUACGCCGGCAACUCUGCACCCUCAGCCCUUUCCAGCGGGCCCUGCUACAAAACGCGGCAUGUCUGCCUCGCACGUCGAGUAUGCGAGACUCUCACCAGUGGCAGGGCCGAUUGCCGGCCGCGUCUCUCCACACGCAUCAUCGCAUUUUGCCGCCGCCACCCUGCUUACCGCCUACCCACCUGCCGCCCCCUUUUCCGCACCCAUUCGUCCCGCCCCCUAUAUCCCAGCCUCCUCCUAUGCUCGUCCAUCGUUCACCAAUACAACAACCAACUCGCUCCAUGCUACCCCCGCACAAUUCGCCUGGAAUGCACUGUCAACGACCGCCCCCAAGCUAAAUCACAGACUUCUGCCAACUCGAUCAUUUCCAGACCUUAUCCAACCAGUUCUAACUGUUAGUUAUGAGCGUUCACCAGACGUGGCAAAAGUUAUAGUAGCUCAAUAUAAAACUCAAAACUUAUUGGUUAUGGUUAUACUACGGGGAUGUCCUGGCUCGGGGAAAACAACGCUUGCUCAACAAAUUGUAGGAGAUUCUGGUGUCAUUCUAUCAAGUGAUGACUACUUUCAAAGAGGAAAUCGUUAUGAAUUUGAUCAUAAUAAAUUAGGAGAAGCUCACGAAUGGAAUCAGACGAGAACUAAAGUGGCGAUAACCGAAAAGAAAAAUCCGAUUAUAAUAGAUAACACCAAUACUAUGUCGUGGGAAAUGAGGAGCUAUAUUGCCAUGGGUAUGAAGUACGAUUAUCAUAUUGAAUUAAUGGAACCUGAUACGCCAUGGAGAUUUAAUGUUAAGGAAUUAGUCCUUAGAAAUAAACAUGGUGUAUCCAAAGACACUAUUCAAAAAAUGGUUGAUCGUUAUCAACAUGGAGUUACCGUGGAAAGCAUCAUGGGGAAAAAAUGGAUACAGAAUAACAUAUUAGAGAAGCAAAAGGCCGCUUUAGAAAAAGCGAAAAAGAAGGAAAGUAUCAAAGAUCAAUUAUCUAAUGAAAAUAAGAGAGACAAAGGCAAGACUAAAUCUCGUCGUGAUAAAUCUAAAUUGAUGGAGGAUCAAUCAUCCGACUCACCACGACCAGCUGACUCAGGUUUUCAUGAAAGCUCACCAAAUGAAUUAGAACAAGAAGAAAUAAAAGACUCAAAUCAAAAUGUUAAUCGCUUGUCUUGCUCUACUUGUGAUGCUUCAAUCUUAAGUCCCAGUGUUGAAAAUGCAGUUACUGAUCGCCUUAUUGAAGAUUUCAUAAAUGAGGAAGUGGAAGAAAUAACGAAAAAUGCUCCACCAAUUGGUACUAAUUUUCAAUAUGAAAGGUCGAGAAAACUUAAUUUAACUGGAUUCACUGAUGAAGAAUUAACCGAACUAGCAGCGCAUUUAAAAAUUGUGGAUCGCGACAGUAGUUUUGAAGAAGAAAACGACAAGGCUAUUGAAACAAGAGAACGCAGACAAUCCGGAAGGAAGUACUCCAACGAAUUUACCCAUGACGAAUGGCUUGAAGUAAACUCUGCUCAUUCACCGCCGAAGCGGCAUAAAGAAGGCCUAUUACCAACAGAGUACCCUCCUUAUUAUGAAAAUUCUAGUAAAACCUGCCAAACAUCUCAAUUCGGAAUACACGAACUCGCUGAUAAAACCAUGAAAGCUCACCCACGCUGUAUAACUAAAGAAACUAAACUUCCGAAAUACCGGGACAAUCAAUCGAAUAAUUUCACUCAAACUGGUGAUUUAAAAGAAAAAACAAAUUUUCUUAUUUCUUGCUAUCCAGAUUUACAAGAAGAAUUUUUGGAAGACCUUUUAAGGAAAUGUGACUUGAACGUCGAUGAAGUCUGUGACAUAUUGUCUGAAAGUAAAAGCCAAGUUUCCAAGAAGGUUCGAGACAAAGUGUUAUUAGACAAAAAACGAAGAGAAAAGGAGAGACGUGAGGAAAGUGAAAAAAAUCACAUUCCUUCCUUGGUUGAAUUAAUUCAUGAAAAUAUAAAAAAGCGAAAAACGGAAGAAGAACUAAGAGCAAUUGAAGAAAAGGUGGUUGAAGUUAAUCAUAAAAAGGUUAAUCUUCUUUUAGAAAUUGAGCAGAGUAGAUCCAAAAGAAAACCUGCCGUUAAAGUGAACUCGAAAAAACCGCAAGAAAAAAAUGUAGUCAUAUCUCCUAGUCCAGAUCAAAAGAAGUCGAAACCCCCAAAAACCAAUCAACCCAAUAGUGAGUCUCAACUGAGUGAUAUGAUUUUCGUUUUACCUAAAGAUUUAGCUGCACAAUUGCUUGAAAAUUUUGGCUCAGUCGGGUUCGAAAUUGAUUUGGAUAGUAUGACAGCCACUGAUAUGCAUGUCAGAUUAAAUAUGAAAGCAGGAAAAUGUCUCCAUAGGUGCUGGAGUGCUUCCAUAAGAGAGCAAAUUGGCCUUGACCAAUUUCAAUCCAUUAAAGGGCUCACAGAAGAACCGAAUGAGAGCAUAUUAGAAAAAUUUUAUGGCAGUCCAUCUAAUGAAUUAUUACCCAAAACAAACACAAAAACUAAUGCUCCAAGACCAGCAUCUCCAUCACUUGAAGGUGCUGUGGGAGGUAUUGAUAUUAGUUUCAGAGAAAAACAAGAUGAGGAUGCAGCCAGAGAAGAACAGGAGAAACAACUGAGAAUGAAGCACCAAAAGGAGGCUGCAGGAUUGGAGAAUUUAAUGGCCACGCAAUUAAAGAGAGAUAAACUGUACGAAAAAUACGCAGUAUUGGACAAGACAUUGAUUGAUGAUGUUUUUGAACAAAUGAAAUAUGAUCUUACAAAAACUGAAUCACAAAUUAAUGCAAUUCUAGAGAAUAUGGAAGGAGCAGAAGAUGUCUUUACACACGAAUACAAAGUAGCUCAGGAAAAAAAGAAAAAGCACAAUUACGUUUUGAUGCAACAAGAUGAAGGUGAAGACUAUUUAUUAUAUCAGAAUUUAGAAGAACCACAAUAUAAAGAUUUUCGAGCUGAAGCCGCAAACUAUAACGAAAAAAGAAAAGAAUGUCUUCAGAAAGCGCGUGACGCUCACGCACGCAACGAUUAUCACACUGCUCAAUUCUACUCUGAGCUUGCUGAGAAGUGGGCACAAGAUUUAAAAGAAGCCAAUGUUAGAGCUAGUCAUAUGAUAAUUGAUAAUAGAAAAGAAGAAUUGGAGCAAUUUAAUCAGCUGGACUUGCAUUAUUUACACGUCAAUGAAGCAAUCGAAAUCCUCAGUAAUGUCAUAGAUAUAAGACGAAAAGAACUUCAAAGAAGACAAGAUAAAAGGAAGCGACAUCUUGUAGUCAUAACGGGUCAAGGAAACAAUAGUAAAGACCGUCGAGCCAAGAUAAAACCUGCUGUCUUAAACUAUUUGAAAACAAGAAAAAUUAAUUUUAGUUACGAAAACGAAGGAGCAGUCAAACUUCAAUUGUAG